AUGGGGUUGUUCAAACGUAGACGCCAAUCCAACACUCAUUCAACACCAAAACGCCAGCAUUCGGAUCAACGUGUCGACUUCACCAGUAAUCUACUAUCAGACGAACUUGUACUCCAUAUAUUCAGUUUCCUUUCCGCCAACGAUCUCACACGCUGUGCCGCUGUCAAUUCCAGCUGGUUUCGACUAGCUAAUGACGAGCUGCUAUGGAAACCUCUCUUUUUACGACGAUUCCACAAUGGAGGAGGCUAUGCUAGAGCAACCACUCGACGACAAGAUACAACAAGUCCUGAAUCAAGGUGGAAGACACUGUAUAGAACCAAUCACAAUUGGCGAAGUGGCAAUUGUCGAAUAACGCAACUCGACUUGCAUGAUUCAAAGCAGUAUCAGCAACAGCGACAGAGACCAUUAGUGCAGUUCAACCGUGAUAUUUUAUGUUUGGCAUCCAUAUCUGAUUCUCGCAUUGAAGUAUGGCGUAUUGCUACCAAUGAUAAUCCGCAACCUGUGUUACUUGGUCAGCUCGCUUGCCAUGACGACAGUAGCACCUUAUGUCACAUCACGUGCCUGAAAUUGCAAGUAAUGGAUCAUUCACAGUAUCGGCUAGUGGCUGGUUACGAUGAUGGUGGAUUCUCGUUAUGGACAAUGGAAAUCAAAGAUCACCCAACAUCAUUUGCUGCGAGACAAUUGACGCGUUAUACGCCUCCCUAUCGAUUGGGAAGUCAUCAGGCCAUUGAAGCUAUUGGGCUCUCAUAUCCAAUGGUCCUCAUUUGUACCAAGGGGAUGAAAUUAUCAGCGUUUUGCAUUGAUGACGAACAAGCUGCAAUGUCUCCUCGACUUGUAUACGAAUUACAGAGCCCUAUUCGAUGGAAUCCUAUCGUUGUGGAAUUGGAUCAAUGCGAUAAUAAUCGAUGGCGUGGCAUGGCUUGUUUUGGUAUGCCUGUGGGAUUGAAUGCAUUUUCAGUUGGCAUUCAGGAAGUGGUGUUUUCAUCACAUGGUAUCAUAUCAUCACGGCAUUGUACAGCAUUGAACGAGGAUGACUUCUUUUUUACGAAUCACGCACGACGACCCUCACAAGAUGCGCUCGAACCCAUCACUGCCCUUGCCUAUUCACAGCCUUAUCUCAUGACAGCACAUGGCAACAAUACCAUUAAGCAAUAUCACGUUCAUCUUUCCAGUGAAAAGCUUGAAUUGCGGUUUGCAAAGACGUUAUACGGACAUACAUCUCGGGUAUGUGCAUUAGCCCUGGAUGCGUCUGUGAGUCGGCUAGUGAGUGGUGAUCGAUACGGACUCAAAGUAUGGGACCUAUCAACGAGUGACAAUGACAAACAUCCAUCCUUUCGGAACGACGAAACCGAUCACCAUAGCAACGCUUAUCGACUCGCACGUCAUCGACUCGGUGGAAAUGAAUACUUGGUAGCCAUCGAUGCUACUACUGCAGAACAUCGCGCAACUUUGGACGUCCCCUCUUGUGAUAUGAGGUGGCUACAUUUCGAUAGCGACAAAAUCGUGGCAGCAAUACGGGAUGAAAGCAGUAGCAACUUGACAUUGACGUCCCAGAAACGAACUUUGGUGCGCAUUUGGUCCUUUUCUUAG